GACCGCAACGCGGACCCGGCGGAGCUGUUCGUGCGCCAGGACCGCAUCGGCAAGGGCUCGUUCGGCGAGGUGUUCAAGGGCUACUCGGUCAAGACGCAGAAGGCGGUCGCGAUCAAGGUCAUCAACCUCGAGGACGCAGAAGACGAGAUCGAGGACAUCCAGUCCGAGAUUUCGAUCCUGUCGUCGCUCGACUCGCCGUUCGUCACCAAGUACGAGGGCUCGUGGCUGAGGGGCCACGAGCUGUGGAUCGUCAUGGAGUACCUGUCGGGCGGCUCGUGCGGCGACUUGCUCAAGCCGGGCACGUUCAAGGAGGACUACAUCGCCAUCGUGUGCCGCGAGCUGCUUCGCGGGCUCGAGUACCUGCACGAGGAGGGCAAGCUGCACCGCGACAUCAAGGCCGCCAACGUCCUCCUCAGCGCCUCUGGAGAUGUCAAGCUCGCCGACUUUGGCGUUUCGGGCCAGCUCACGGCGACCAUGACCAAGAAGAACACGUUUGUCGGCACGCCGUACUGGAUGCCGCCCGAGGUCAUCAAGCAGAGCGGCUACGACUCGAAGGCCGACAUCUGGUCGCUCGGCAUCACGGCGAUCGAGAUGGCCAAGGGCGAGCCGCCGUACGCCGAGCUGCACCCGAUGAAGGUCCUGUUCCUCAUCCCCAAGAACCCGCCGCCGACGCUCGACGACCCGCCCUUCUCCAAGCCGUUCCGCGACUUUGUCGCCCUGUGCCUGCAGCGCGACCCGCUCGCGCGCCCGUCGGCCAAGGACCUCCUCAAGCACCCGUUCAUCCGCAAGGCGCGCAAGACGAGCUACCUCACCGAGCUCAUCGACCGCCUCGACCGGUGGAAGGCCGAG